AUGAACGCCUCGAAGGGCCGAUAUUCACACAGAGACGAUCAGGAUCCCUAUCCACCAGAAUUCAUGGGAAUCUGGGGCGUUGCCAACCAGGGGGGGGGAGAGGAGGAGAAGAGGACGAUGUUCCUAAGGGCGUGCGGAGAUCAGCCGCAGGUCUUUGCGUGGGAUGGAGCACGACCGCCACUUAGCGAGGAGCAACAAACACGAACCACGAACCCAAACGAGCGUGUCGCCAGCAACAGAGACAGCAAACCUAACAAGAGGUGCAAGGAAAAAGAAUGA